AUGUCUCGACAAGUCCAGGUAAAGAAGGGGUCUGAGAUCCAAGCUCCAGAUGGCCCCCAAACUGAUGGCAUGAUUCGCAUGCCCGCAAUUGUGGACAUGUCUGACCAGAUCUGUGGAACAGCUUCUGCGAUCCACCACCACGGCGAUGAGGUACCUGAGAUCUUGGCAGAUACCAUCGUGUACGCCGCGAAGGGUCAUGGCGCCCUAGUCAGCGGAUCGAACGGCAGUAAAAGACAAGAGCUAGCACCAGGGGAUUUUGCACUCAUACCAGCGUAUGCAGAGCAUCAAGAGGUCAACGACAGCAAUGAGGAUGUUGUUUGGAUCAUCACACGGGGUGGCAGAAAUCCUGUUGUCCAGAACCUCGAGGCUUGGUCAAAAGACUGA